AUGUCGAACCUCGACCGGCUCCAGCAGAGCUUGGACGAACGCGACGCCGACAGCAAUCUGUCUCCUCGCAGAAAUCGAUCUUCACACCUGAGAACCGACUCGUUUACCUCCCGAAUACCUACAUUAUCACCUCGGAAUGGCGAAAGGUCCCGGGUCACCUUUACCAAGACGCGAACCCUCACUGGCGCAUUUGAGGCGACUGCAGGGCGCUCGAGCGCGUCGGAUAAUUCCAAACGAAGCCCGCGACAGUAUACAAUAGAAGGGAAUGGGAAAAAGCCAUCAGUGACUUCUCCUGCACCCCGAGCUUCUAGCCCCCGGAAUGAAUUCGUUGAGACAUAUCGACGGACGGACGACACGGAUAAUUUGCCAGAGCAUCUGAAUGAAAACGAUCUUGACCUCCUUUCAAGGCGCGAACGAGAUGAACAGAUGUUUAAUUGUUCUCCGAGUCCAGGUGUUCGACAUCGUGAUAUAGGAAUGGGGAAUUAUGCUGGAAAUACAUACGGAUAUGAACCUGAUGAUCUAGAACAGGUUUCGGACGAGGACCUACGAAGGAGGUCCCUUCAACGCAAGAAAGACGAGCAGCGCUUGAAGCGGAUGCGAGGCGGAGAGCAACCAGCGUUUAGCAGGGCGAGAAUGGGUUCGAAGGCAGCUCUAUCAGUUGAUAACUUAACCCGCCGAGACGAGGAGAUUCAGAGGGAAGAAGAGGGAGUAGAGGAUGGGAUGGUCGACGAAGGCAGAAACCCACCAUUGAACAUUCCAAGAACAUGGGGAACACGGAGUAGAGCUACGAAUGAUUGGUUAAAUCGAACCAAGCAGGAAGUACAGGGUGACUACAUGGCCGAUGCAGAAGAGCUGGAAUUGUAUCAUGAUUCAGAGAAUGAUGUUUUCGAUUUUACAGGCCAAUCCUUGCAGAUUUCCAAUAGCCCCCCGGUUCGGAAUGGCCCACAAUAUCAACAGGAAGUGCAGAAGCUGGAACCAAUAGGUCAACCUGUUUUUGCAGCUCGCUCUCCUCCAAAGCAACAAGAAACAAAACCAUCGCGCAGCGAAGUGGAAAAUGGAUCUCCUGCCGUAAUACCUACGAGUAUGGAUUACGAAAAGCCCAAAGUACUCAGUAAGGAAGAUUCCCAAGAUCUCCUGCGAAGACUCGUGCGGAAGGAAAGCCCAAGCAUCACCAAUACCCCAGAAACCAAAGUUGUCUCUAAUACACCACUUAACCCAAAGACGCCGGUCGUUAUGGGGGCCUGGAUCGAUACUCCUUUAACAAAACGGCCUAAUAACCCUCCAGAAGAAGCGUCGAAAGCCGCCUUGCCUCCACGAGAGGCACCUCCUAAAUUAGAGCCAGAGCCGGUAGAAGAGAAGAAAGAACCUUCUCCGAAAGAAGUACGGCGAAAACGCACCUCUCUGAUGAAACUAGAGAGGCCACAUUUGCCAAAGAGUGCAUUAGCCGCGGUGCUUGAAGAGGUAAAAUCUGGAAAAGGCGAGUUUGCUCUUGGAGGCAAUACUAUUGAAUCGCUCGAAGAACUUCUGGAAUCUUCAUCAACGAGUAGCAUCGAAUCAAAACCGUCAAAAAAGGUCGAAAACAUUGAGCAGAAUGCUCUAGAACAGAUUAGAGCUGACCAAGAGAGCGAAGAGGCUUUGAUCGACCGACUAAACUCUAAGCUCCAGUCACUUGUUCAGAAUAUCAAUGAGGCCAAAGCGGGCCUUGUUAGUCUCGAGGAUAAGGCUGUAAAAGAGGCUGCACUCCUAGCUACUCGCCAAUCUCAGGAUUUUCAAAAGACCAAGUCCCAUAUUCACAGAGACGGAACGUGUGAAUCGUGUGGCUUUCACGAUGAUGGCUUGCGCUACGUUGCCAUUCCAAUCCCUCGUAUCUGGCGCCGUGACCCGGACACAGGACGACAGCGACUUACCCGACUGGGAUGGUCCCUUAUAAUCAUUUUCAUAUGGCAGAUUUUCGAAGCAAUCAUCGAAACAUACCGCUACCACCCUUCCUUCCUCAACAAACCACGCUUUAUCGCUUCUAGAGACCCUGAGUGGCCCACCGCGAUUCCUCACACGAUAUGGCGUUGGCUCCAUCUCUCAGCGAUAUGGGUACCAAUUCGAGACACCAUUUUUUCAUGUGUGAGAUAUGUUGGUGUGUCACUAGGGAUGUGGGAUCGGUUAUUCGAUGAUUGGAUGUAUGGGGAUGAAUGGUACGGGGAGAAUUGGAUACAGAGAUACAACCAUGACGUUUAUCCGGAGUUCUUUAGGCGAGAGCCGCUUGCACAAGGGCAUUUUCGGCCAAAUGCUGCGUGGGAGCCUGGUGGUGGCGGUGAUGGCAUCACCGGCGGCGGCGUGGGCGUAGGAGCGGACCCGGACCUGAGCAUGAACGCUGACACUAUUUUAUAA